AUGUCUUCAGCAGAGCCAUACACACCACCACCCCUUCCAUCGCCGUUCACCAACACAACCCCACCACCGCAGCUACUCACCCAAGGGGCCGAAGCGCAUCUGUACAAGACAGUGUUCCUCUCCCCCUCCACCCCGGCCGCUCUGAAAGUCCGCCCUUCAAAACCCUACCGCCAUCCGAUCCUCGACCGGCGUCUCACGCGCCAGCGCAUCCUACAGGAAGCACGAUGCUUGGUGAAACUCGUCCGGGAAGGCGUCAAUGUCCCCGCCGUGCUGGCGCUGGAUUGGGAGGGCCAGAACACAGAGAAGGGCUUCGGCGGAGCGUGGCUGAUGAUGGAGUGGGUUGAGGGAUUGGUGGUGCGAGUCGUGCUGGAGCGAUGGGAGAGAUGGAUGAAACGGAACCAGGGUAGCUCGGGUGCAGAGGAGCUCAAGGAGGAAGAGAAUUGGGUGCGCGAUCUGUUGAGGAGAAUCGGUCGCGCCGUUGGAGCACUGCAUAAGGCUGGCGUUAUCCAUGGCGAUCUGACGACGAGUAACCUCAUCCUACGACCGCCAGGCCAUGUGGGGGAGCAAGCGGAUACGGGCGAGAGCAGUCCUUCGAUGGAAGGAGAUGUGGUACUGAUUGAUUUCGGCCUGGCGAGCCAGAGCUUGCAGGAUGAGGAUCGAGCUGUCGAUCUGUAUGUGCUGGAGAGGGCAUUUGGCAGCACGCAUCCCCGCACCGAGCCAUUCUUCGAGGAAGUCCUGAAUGGAUACCGGGAGAGUUACAAGGGCGCUAGCUCUGCACUGAAACGCUUAGAGGAUGUGCGCAUGAGAGGUCGCAAGAGAAGUAUGAUCGGAUGA